AUGGUUAAAUGUAUAAUCGUUGGUUUUACAUCUGGGUACAAAAGUAACAUUGAAAAAGUGCACCAAUUUGGUGCUCCUAAAGAUUCUAAGUUACGAAGUGAAUGGCAAAGGUGUAUUCCUAGAAAAGAUUUUAUACUUAAAGAUAAUUCAUAUGUAUGUGAAAAACAUUUCAAGGAAGAAGAUAUCAUAAAGUAUUGGGAAUCUGGUUCAGUAAAGGUACUAUAUACUAAGUGGAAGCUUAAAGAGGGAACCAUACCUUCAAUUUUCCCGGGUCCUUCAUAUUUAUCUAAUCUAAAAAAACAUCGGAAGUUGCCUGCUGUUCGUCAUGCAAUUACACCAAAAAGUAAAUUUAGUAAUGAAAAUUCUGAAGAUUGCAUUAAUAAUUGUUCAAUAAAACAAGAAUCUUAUCUUAUAGAAGAUAAUUUGUAUAAUAAGUUAGCCAACUUCCAAUGUAGUCCAUGGGUGAAAUUACCUAUGACAGUAGAAAAUACAGAUAUAUGUUUUGUUAUUUUUAUUGCAAACUCUAAUUCAGUACCCACUGUUGAAAGAAGUAUACAAGUCAAUAAGCAAGGUCAAGUGUCUUAUGCUGUCAAUGGUAAACUUAUUGAUAUAACAGAACACGGUAUUGAAGUUGCAAAAAACAUUGAAGAUUUUUCAAAUAAUAUUAAAAAGUUUGAAUCAAUAAGAUUAUGUUAUGGUAGUCCUAUAGCAAAUAUUUUUCCAAACUUUCCUAAAGACUUGUGCACUAAAUCAACUAAAGGCUUUCUCCAGCACAGACAAUGUCUCCUCACCAUUCAAAAUUGUUCAAAAGACACUUAUUGUAGUAAAUGUAAAUUAUUGAAAAAUGUGUUGGCAUGUAGAGAAAAAAGGAAAGCUAUUGGUUCUAAAGAAAUGUUAGAAGUUUCUCCAUCCAAAAAGCCUAGAAUCAUUGAAAUGAGAAAAAAAGCAUAUGCAUUGCAAAGAAAGGUAACAAUUACUAAAAAAAAAAUAUGUGAUUUGCAAGAUGAGCUUAGUAAAUCACAUAAAGAUAUGGCUGAAUAUAAUGAACAAUUUAUUAAAGACAAAUUAAAUGGAAUUAAUGAAUCACAGAAAACUAUGAUCAUGGAGUGUUUUGCUGCUAGUAGAGUUAAAAACUCAAAAUCAAGACGGUAUAGUGAAAAUUGGCUCAUGUUAUGUCUUUUAUUUAACAUACGAUCUCCUUCAGCAUACAAGUACUUAAGAGCAAGUGCUCUACUUCCACUGCCUCAUCCAAAAACUGUGCGUAAGCAUUUGUCAUUAGUAAAGUCAACUUGUGGGUUUGACAAAGAUUUUUUAAAUCUUUUACAAAAAAAAAGUGAGGGAAUGCUUGAAAGAAGUAAACAUGGUGUAUUGUUAUUUGAUGCAGUAAAUUUACGGAAAAGUUUAGCUGUAAAUUCGUCAAAUUUGACCUAUUGGGGCCUAGAAGACUAUGGUGGUGAAGUAGAAAAUAAAAAUUGUCACAAAGAAUAUGCUGACCAUGCCCUAGUCUUUAUGUGGCAAUCUUUGGGAUCAAAUUUUAGUCAAACCAUAGGUUGUUUUGCAUCAAAAGGGGAAGUUAAAGGUGUAAUAAUAGCACAGCUUGUUUUAAAAGCAAUAUCACUUAUGGAGAAUAUUGGAUUAUAUCUUCAUCCUAAUUCAAAACAAAUUUCCUGGGACUACUUUAAAGAAGUUUACAAAGAAGAUAUAAAACACCCAGGAAAUUUAAGAAUGGUACCUAGGAUAACACCACAGCACCUAGAUUUGACUCCAAUGGCAAAAAUGCGAGUUCGCUUAUGUACCCAGGUUUUUAGUAUGAGUAUGGCAAACGCAAUACGUUUCUAUGAGUCAAAAGGAAGUCUUAUGCUCAAAAAUGCUGGAGAAACUGCCAAUUUUGUUGAAUUUUGGAACAAUUUGUUUGACAACUUUAAUCGGAAUUUACCGUGGCAAGGUCUUAAAUCUACUAACGAUAAAGGGUUUCAAGGAUUUGUUGAUGCGUUGCACUAUAUCAACUGUUGGGAAGAUCAAAUGAUUGAUGGCAGUAUUGGUCCAGAAGAGUUUUUAACCAAACAAACGGCUCAAGGACUUCGAGUGACGAUUACUUCUACAAUUGACCUGUCAAAAUACUUAUUAGAAACAUGUGGUUAUGAUUAUGUUCUUACUGGUAAAAUGUGCCAAGACCCACUUGAAAAAUUCUUUGGCAUUAUAAGACAAUCAUGUGGGCCAAACGAUCACCCAACAACUCCAACUUUUCUCCAUCUUUAUAAAAUUCUUUCGGUUUAUUCUGUGCUUAAGCCUCCUAAACAUGGCAACUGUACAAUUACAACUAUGGAUGCUCCUAAAAUUUCUAUAUCUGACUUAAAAGAAAUUUUUCAUAAUAAAUCUUUUCAGCGAACUGAAAAAAUUAACCAACUCAAAUUAAAAUUAGAUCAAUUAAUUGAAGAUGGCCUAUGGGAACCCUGUGAUGUGCUUCCUCAAGUUGACAACAGCAUGGAAAAUAGUACCAGAGAUUGUUUAAUCUACUAUAUUUGUGGGUAUGUGACUAAACAAAUUUUAAAAAAGCAAAAGUGUAAUGAGUGCAUAAGUUAUUUUAAAGAAGGCAACGCUGAUCAUCCCUGUGCAGAACUAGUAAAUUUAAAAACAAAUGGGAAGCUGAUGUAUCCAAAUACAGCUUUAUUUGAAUUUUUAAACAUUGUUGAACACUCUUUUGCAAAACACUGUAAUGAUUUUUAUGUAUUUGAAAAUGUAAUCAAUGAUAUAACUCAAAAUAAUUUGAAUUUUAAAUUUAGCUGUUCUUUUCAUAAAGUUGAAAUUGCUUCUGAAGUUAUAGUGUAUUACUUACAAAUGAGAAUGCGCCAGCAUACAUACCAAGAAAAUCUCAAAUUCCAAAAAGUUGCAAGAGAAAAGAAAAAAAUUGCUAAAUUAUACAAUUCAUAG